AGAGGGGAGCAACACAACAGGACGCCGAGCAAGACAACACCGAGCUUCCUCGGCAAAGACAAAUAAAACUCGCGAAGAGAGUCUCCUUUUGCGCCCGGCAUUGACUUUUUGCACAGUUUUUUUGUUGAAAUUUGAAGCGCUAUGAAGUGAAACUCCGCCAUAUUCAGCUCACCACGCCCGGAGCUGUUGCUCUCAGGGAUUAUAACCAAAAAAAAAAAAAAAACUCGCUGCUUCAGUCCUCCGAAGUUGUUGCACAAACUUAAUUUCCCCUUCACAGAGGAGGAACAAGGGGAAGUGUUACCCAGGAGUAAUGACGCUGAGCUCCGUGGGGGCUUGCUGCCUCAGCCCGGAGGCCAAAGAGGCUCGCAGGAUCAACGAUGAGAUCGAGAGGCAGCUCCGCCGGGACAAGAAAGACUCCCGACGGGAAUACAAGCUCCUACUGCUCGGAACUGGUGAAAGCGGGAAGAGCACUUUCAUAAAGCAGAUGAGGAUCAUACACGGCCGCGGAUACUCUGACGAGGACAAGAGAGGCUACACCAGGCUGGUCUACCAGAACAUCUUCACCGCCAUGCAGGCCAUGAUCCAGGCCAUGGGCACAUUACAGAUCCCCUACAAGAAUGAAAACAACAAGGCAAACGCCAGAAUUGUCGGCGAGGUUCAUGUGGAGAAAGUCACAACGUUAACCAACCCUUAUGUGGAUGCCAUCAAGAGCCUGUGGAGUGAUCCGGGGAUUCAGGAAUGUUACCAUCGGAAGAGGGAAUACCAGCUCUCCGACUCGACCAAAUACUACCUGAGCGACUUGGACCGAAUUACCGAGUCUGCUUAUCUGCCGACCCAGCAGGAUGUCCUGAGGGUCAGAGUGCCCACGACGGGUAUUUUAGAGUACCCCUUCGACAUGGAGAAUGUGGUGUUCAGGAUGGUGGAUGUGGGUGGCCAGCGUUCAGAGAGGAGGAAGUGGAUCCACUGCUUUGAAAAUGUCACCUCCAUCAUGUUUCUGGUGGCGCUCAGCGAGUACGAUCAGGUCCUCGUUGAGUCUGCAAAUGAGAACCGCAUGGAGGAAAGCAUGGCCUUGUUCCGGACAAUCAUCAACUACGAGUGGUUCAAAUUCUCCUCAGUCAUGCUGUUCCUGAACAAGAUCGAUUUGCUGGAAGAGAAAAUCAUGCACUCACAUUUGGUCGACUACUUCCCCGAGUAUGAUGGUCCCCAGCAGGAUGUGAAAGCCGGGAAAGAUUUCAUCUUAGAUAUGUUUGUGAGUCUCAAUCCCAACGAGAAAAAAAUCAUCUACUCCCACUUCACCUGCGCCACAGACACAGACAACAUUCGAUUUGUCUUCUGCGCGGUGAAGGACCACAUCUUGCAGGGCAACCUAGAAGACUACAAUCUGGUUUAAGACGGCAGUUUGUUGCUGCUGUAAUUCAAUCGUUGUGUGUACAGCUGGCAGCCAGGAGAGCCCUGCAGUGAUUCAGUUUGCCUCACACUGCCGCUGAACACUGAAAUCCUAAACAGGAAAUUGAGAAGCUACAGAGCUUGUCGCCAAAUGACUUUACUACUGGUGUAUUUCAAAUUUUCCUGUUAGGCUCUUUGGAAAUGGAUGUCUCUGGCUAUAAUGAAGUGUGUCCUGACAAUUAAAGUGCUGCCUUAGUGAGGAAUCUAUUAUAGGGGAGCGCUCUGAAAUGUAUGGAGCUCUUUGUGAACAUUUCGGAGCAGUAACAGUAUAAAUGCACAUGGAUGGAUCGAGAAUGGGGGGUAAAGUAUUUCACUGGUGUUGAAUGGCUCUGUAAACUUUAAAUGUACCAGGUUUUAUCUUAAGGGAAUCUGUGGAGGUGAAAGUAGACUAACUGCAAUGCAGCAGCUCAAAUCAUUGACACAAGUAGUUAUUUUAGUUAAAACAGUUUUGACCACCUAAAUGUAGUCUGUGCCUUUAACCAAUGGGAAACCAGUCAAGAUGAACACUAAUGACACUGAUUUUCAUUUGCACACUGUACGUUUCUCUACAUUUGUACAUAUGCCUACAUUCUGUAUGCUUGUACUUCUCUUACUUGGGUAUUAUAUUUCCAUAACCUCAUUCUUAGUCUCACCAGACUUUGUACACUCGUCCAUGAUGGCAUUAAUCAUUGCAUUAUUCACUUUCUAUGAGCACAACAUUAAUGAAUUGUUACGUAAUUGAACACACAUUUCAAAGGGAAUCCUACUGUUUCUGCUACUUAAGCAUUCCUUUUACUUGUGAAAGCCGUAGAAUAAAUUGUUCUUCGAUUCAGGGUCUAUUUUUGUAUAAUUUUUUUUAGAAUUGCUUUUAUGAUCUUGAAGGAUUAUUUAAUUCAGUGCGUAUUGUAAAUAUCACAUGGUACAGUACAGUAAGAGUGUUUUUUUUUUUUUUCACCUUCACUUGCAUCGAGGUCAGUGUUGAAAGGCUAACUGCUGAAGAAAGAACUCUUGUGUUAAAUAAUCUCUGAGGUACUUAACUAAUGCGUUCUUGUUCUUAAUUCACGCGCUGUUAAAGGGAAUAAAAAGCUAAUGAGAGCACAUCCAUGGCACUAAUGUUUACACAACCCUUCUCUCCUAAUUACAGCCUAAUAUGAACUGUUUAAUUUAUACACUGUCACUGAGAUUCUUUAUGCAGCCUUAGUGUUUGAAUGUUAUUGUAUUAAUAAACAGACAUUUUGCUGUUGA